GUUUUCAUGUGCAUUUUUUAUUCUUGUGAUAUCAUUCAAGUCAUUAUCUAAAUUCAAUUAUUGCCCACCAUUUGCGCAGAUUUUUAAUCUUUUAAAUUAAUACGUGUUAAUAAAGCCAGUGAAUUCUCUCAGUGCAGACUGGCGCAUUAAAAACCCACUUCUUGAAUGCCAAUGACAUACGUCAAGGUGAACACGAAAGCAACAAAAUUAUACUCGGGCCGAAUGACACUUUGACUCAAAAUAUCAUCAGGCAAUUAAUUACAUUAAAUAGCAAUAAUAUAAACAAUUUAAUGCCCUGAAAAAAUAUAUGGAACUAGAAUACAGUUGUGGACCUAUGUCAAUAUUAUUCAAAGAUCUCAUGGAAGGCGUCCGUGCACCCUAAGUGAUUUCUAUCAGCGUAAGCUUGGUGCAAUAUUGCAUUGCGGAAACACUAUUCAUCCAUUUACCGGAUUUGCUAAACACUUUGAAAUUUGAGUGCUGUUUAAACCUAAUACGCUUAAACGAUUGGUAUCCUAUGCAGCCAUUAAUAGACUCAUUCGUGUAUUGAUUAUUAAAGAAAUAUAUUUGUUUGCUAACAUAAACAAGCUAACCGACUUUCAUUCUCACAGUUUUGCACAGCUUUAGGACGCAUUGCUCUUCCUGUCCGUGGUAUUCAAUCUUAACUGGAUUUAUUAUUGCACGUCCUUUAUACGCACAGCUGUUUUUCAUCUCCGCGGAAUUUAUAGCCUAGUUUUAAGAGUGGUAAUAGUUUGAUUAUAGAGACAACGAAAAUCUGUCAGAUUGUUGAUGGGUCAGUUAGCCUUUCGAUACAAAGAAUUUAAUUGCGUUUAGUUGACGCACGCCUUGCUGUGGGCUUGAGAGACGGGCACGAAGUGCAUUGAAAGAAAAGAAGCUUAUGCGCGCUUCUUUAUUUAAAAGCGUGAAUCGGUGAGUAGGUGGGCAAAGUGCUUUUUAAAAGAGACUUCUGCAAAAAAAAGACGGAAUGUAAACCUUCUUAUGCAGAGGAUCCUAUAUUUCAUACAUGUCAGUUGUAAAAGAUAAAUUUUUUUUGCGCAUUUCAAAAACGGGCUAAUGUGUCGCAAGAUGUUUUGGAAUUAACAUACAUCACGCGUUUCCUUGUGAAUUUGAGCAGUUAAUUCUAUUCUUAUAUAAGUCAGUUUCCUUUCCUCCGUAUUAAAAUAAAACCCCUUCGUUCCUAAUUUCCCCACAGGAACUGACGCUAAUAGGUUUUCACAUUACAAAUGAAGUAAGUCGAUGAAAUGCUACAAACUUUACAUUUAUUAAGAAAAUUUAAUUAUAUGUUAUAAUCAACGAUAGCUGACAUAUUUUCUUUAGACAUACUCGUAGCUAAGUUAGAUAUCUGCUUUUUUCAAUCACAAAACUGUGAAGAAUUUUUAAGAAGGCUUUGUACAGCUUUUGGAGUUAGUCUUUUAGAGAUGUUGAAGCAUUCUAACAGACGGCGUUGUAAUCACUAACGUGUUGUUAAAGCCUGCCAGCCAAUUUCCCUAUCUAAACACAUAUAUGAAUAACUAUUGUGCGCCAGGUAAAAAUUCAUUCCGUUCAAAUUAUAAUGUCCAUAAGGAAAUAUCAGUUGUACGUGUUUGUAUCCCGGUAUUUAUAUGCAGAGGUGGUGUGACCAUGUGAGGAGGCGUUAGCCGAAUGAAUUGUUUACUGGUAACCCUAGCCAUUAACAUCCCGUCAAAACACACAUGAAUGAGCGUAUGUUCGCAGUGAAAAUUCAAUGGCUGAAAAGUGUUUAGGCACAUAAAUGAUCUAUUAAAUAUGGCUAUGGUAGUCGCACGUGGGGGCUGUUACCUUAUUUAACUGCGGGUAAUAAAUGAAACGAACGAUUUCUUGUUAUGAAAACAAUUUAACACUUAAGAAACAAUUAAACCACUUCGUCACGCCUGAUUCAUAUCACGACAGGAGACCAUUUCAAAGGCUCGCCCGACAUUUAGCCCGUUUGGAGUGCCUGUGGUAUUAGGUGCUCUCUUCGCCUGGGCACACCGUCACAAACACUUCAGCAUCGUGGUAAAGGACACUCUUCGAAGGAUGAACUCGUUCAGUAUUAGCGCGAUAUUAGGAACAAGGAAUUAUGAUGAUGGGGAAACAUUUCAUAGUCCGAACGUGAAAAGUGAGAACUAUCCUGUGCAGAAUAUCAAAGCAAGGAAAUUGACAGACACAGAUGAUGAUGAUGAAGACGAGGAAUAUGGAUGCGACUUAGAAGAGGCACGUUCUCCCUGCACUCCUGAUAUAGAUCGUGGUUCAGUGAACAUUCACAAAAUGCGCCGAAGGAGAACGGCGUUCACCAGCUCGCAGCUCAAGUCCUUGGAAGAAAAAUUCGACGAUAAAAAAUACCUGACAAUUUCAGAACGAAACAAACUCGCAAAAUCUCUGAACCUCAGCGACACUCAAGUCAAAACGUGGUUCCAAAAUCGCCGCACCAAAUGGAAAAAGCAAAACAUUUCCACGCAGAAUAUGACGGCGCAAAAUUUUGGUCUCAUGGAACAGGGAUUCCCUGGAGAAUUUGGAACGUUUGUUCGAAUACCUCGCGACCCAUGCUAUCCCUACCGUACGGAAUGUGUAUUGCCCCCAUUUAGUACCCUAGCGGGAAACUACGGCCUAUUUCGUCCAACCUCAAAUUUGCAAGUGACUUAUUCCAACAUGCCGCUGUAUCCGUACAACCCAACGAGACUUUAUUACUGAAAAAAUUGUAGUGCGAUGGCCUACAGCAAUUGGCUCAGCAUCGUCAUGGUCUCAUGAGAGCUUUGGCCGCGCACUCGCGCCUGUCUCAUGCACACGUAUUGAUGGCUAUUGCGAGGCCAUGCAUUGAAUAACAUUAAAUGUAAUAUUGUAAAUAGUAAAAUGCAGAAUUCACUGUUUUCGAGUCCAUUAGUCAUAUGUCAUCUCCGACCCUGUGAAAGGCAGACAAGUCAUUGCACGCAGCGAUGGAUCAAUCUCUUACUGUGUUCUAGAGAAUUCGUCACAAUAAUAACCCUCUGAUAAUUUUAUUGAUUUCCAACUGUCAUUUACAUGGCCAAUCAAUGCACGCGCUUGGCCCACUGUUAAAAGUUGAAGAAUGUUUAAACAAAGCCGAAGAGCGAAUGAACUCAGGGAUGUACCGGUGUGGAAUCGAAAUUCCACAUUGCUCGUAAUUUGCAUUUAAUUAAUGCGCUUUCAUCUGGGAUAAAUUGUAAAUUAUUCCCGGAGUUACAAUACUCAUCUCUAAAGUUUUAAGUGCUUUUCUACGCAAACUAUUUCUACCUCAAAAAUUCGUCGGAGCAUAGAAUUUUUCACCACGUGAUCCGCGAUCUGACUGGAUAGCCAGUAAAUAAAUUUUAACUUUACUUGACAUGAAACUAAGUUUAAUGUUGUACGUUUCUUUGAUUUUACAGUUCUUUUCUCUGCUGAACCACUUAAUGUAGAUAUUAAACAAAGCGUUAUAAGGCGUCGUCAAGCGAAAUUUUCUCCAAAAAGCGCUAAAAAUCGGAAGAAACCUGUCCUAUAUUCCCAGCUCAAUGCGUCGUUAGGAUUGACAUGUCUCGGCAUACGGAUGAAGAGGUUAAUAGGUUGGUCAGUAAGAAACAUUGCGUGCAAUGACAUGUGUCACUGCCUACGGCAAGUAUUCAAGUAUUUUCUAGUCACGAAAAUAGAAAAAUUGUUUCCUUCAUAUAUCUUCACUCGUUAUAGAUAAUGAUUUUGUGUUGUAAAAUAAUGUAUCAUAUUCACACCUGACCAUGUUGUUUAUAUUGAACCCUUAUUAAGCAUUGCGCUAUUUAAAUGUGAAUUGUAUUAUAUUGUAAAUUAGU